CAUCCAGCUCUCGGACAGAUCGAUCGCCGGCUGCUAGCUACGACGAACGCCGCAAGCAAGAUCGAGCUAAACUUCGAAAGCCACCUGCUUUUUCACCAGCGGCUGCUAGCCAUGGUUGCCGGCUUGGAAGCUCUCCUCGACCCGACCGCGCUCUCCCUUGCGCUCCCGGCGCCGCCGGCGCUCAAGAAGGAGGACUACCUCGCCAUCUGCCUCGCCGCGCUCGCCGGGACCCGCAAGUACGCCGGGCUCGGGAAGGAGCAGCACGGGACGGCGAGAUGGUGCCCGGCCCAGCGCCACGCGCCGCCUGCGCCGCAGCAGCAGGAGCUGCCGUUCCGGUGCGCGGUCUGCGGGAAGGCCUUCGCGUCGUACCAGGCGCUCGGGGGGCACAAGUCCAGCCACCGCAAGCCGCCCACGGAGGAGCAGUACGCCGCCGCCACGGCGCAGGCGGCGUCGUCCGCUGGUGGCCUCGACGAGACGGCGCCGUCGGGGUUGGGAGGGGCUAGCGGCGCCGGGCCGCACCGGUGCACCAUCUGCCGCCGGGGCUUCGCCACGGGCCAGGCGCUCGGCGGGCACAAGCGUUGCCACUACUGGGACGGCAUGUCGGUGUCCGGCUCCGUGUCCGCGUCCGUGUCCGCGUCCGGGACGGGGUCGUCGGGCGUCACCGUGAGGAACUUUGACCUCAACCUGGCGCCUCUGCCGGAGAACUUUGGGGUGAAGAGGUGGGGUGAGGAGGAGGAGGUGCAGAGUCCAUUGCCGAUCAAGAAGCGCAGGAUUUUGAUUGACUGAUCAGUCUCGUGUCCAUCUUGUUCAUGUAAAAAGGGAUCUAGGCAAUCAUUGUUUCAUUAACUUGUUAAAAUUCUGUUUUCAACAGAGAUUUGUUUAAUUCAUUGAUUCAUUAUUUCCUUCCAUUAAUUUGUUUAAUUCAUUGAUUCAUAAAUUCAAAGUUGGAACCAUUGUGCUGUGUAUUUUUAUUUUAUCCUCCUUUUCUCGCCGUUCAUAAUAAGUUUUAUUUAAUGUUGGAAAUAAAGCUAUUUUAUCCAA